GCAAACAAAGGCAGCGGGCGGCGGGCGAGCGCGAGCUAGCCCCCAAUUUGCCCUUACCGCCGCCGCCGCUGCCUUUCCCCGCCGGCCGCGCUCGGCGUCGAGACAUGUCCGGCGGCCGAAAGCGCCCAGCUCCAGCCCCGUUCGCCGGCUUCUCCCCCUUCGCCCGCUCCCUCCUCUUCUCCCCCGCCUCCGGCUACUGCAAACUGCCUCUUCCCAACGCCUCCGCCGCGGCCGACGGACCCCAUCAAGAGAACGCCGGCAUGCCGCCGCCGCCGCCCAAGCGCGCGAAGCAGGCCGAGCCCUCCAGCGACGACGAGGAGCGCCACAGCAGCGAUGCCGACGGCGCCAGCGGAAGCGACAGCGACAGCUCGCUGGAGUGCUCAAGCAGCGACGGCGACGACGCGUCACAGGAGCUCGAGACGGUGCAGGCGGACUUCGCCUUCUUCGACCCCAAGCCCAGCGACUUCCACGGCGUCAGGCUCCUGCUCAAGACCUACCUCGACUCCAAGCCGUGGGACCUCACCGGCUUCGUCGACCUCAUCCUGGAGCAGACCACCGUGGGCACUGUCGUCAAGAUGGCCGACGAUGAAGAGGAGGAGGGAGAAGGGAAUGGCGGUGAUAAGGGCGAUGGCGGCAACGAUGAUGACCUGUUCGGUCUCAUCACCGUGCUCAAUUUGGGAAGAUAUGGUGAGAACCGCUGCAUCAAGGAUCUUAAGGAGUAUCUGCUUGCUGUUUGCGGCAACAAGGAUAGCGAGAAGAAGCUCAAGUCACUGCUGGAAGAGAAAGCGUCUUCUGUCGGCCUGCUGGUGUGUCGGCGCUUUGUGAAUUUCCCGUAUGAAAUGGUGCCUAAGCUAUAUGACUCGCUCUUCGACGAAGUUUCAUGGGCAACAGAAGAUGAGCCAACACAAGAACUCCAGGACUCCUUCCGGUUCAAGCAGUACCUGUUGGUUGCCAGAAUUCUUGAGAGAAAAACUAAUCCAAAGCACAACGCAAAGAACAACAAAGAUGAUGAUGAAGAACCUGUUAUCUACCCCAAGUUGGAGGAUGAAAUUUUUCGUGAGCUUAGUUCAUGGUCUUUUACUUUCCCAAUACGUGCUGAUCAGUCAGCUCAGCAGGAGAUGAAGAAUUACAAGGAGAUGGGCUUAGUGAUGUGCGUUAAAGCUGAAGCAAUCCCAAAGUUCCGCAAAAGGUUGGAGGCUUUGGUAUCUGAAUAAGGGGGUCUCUUUGCUGAUAUGAGAAGGCCAAAGUGGAGUUUUGCUGCUAUCCACAACCAUCCAAAUUUUCUGUGCGUCUGUAGUGUCGUUAAUUAGAUGGGAUCAUGGGAUUGUCACUGCAGAUUCGAUGAGGUUGAUCUGCGAGAGUGGUCCAUUUUCAUGUACUGCUAUAAAUUAUUCAUGAAUGGUUUUAUGGUUACCCUGCAGACAUGGUUUUUCCUUGUUAUCUGAUCAAAGAAAAAUUUGCACUCUUCAGGUUCUCUA